CCCUGCCGCAUCUCACUAAUACCCUAGAUCUACACCCCCUCCUUCCUCCCUCUUUUUCUCUCCGUCCUAUCUGGCAUCCGCUGCUUUGCUCGCCUUCGUCCGGCGUCCAGAUAUGGUUAAAACUAGAGGUGGAUAUCAUGGUGAGGCUUCAUCCUCUCAUAGUGAGCCAUCAGAUGAAAGAAGACGACCUACGGCAUCUGCUCGUAGAAGACGAGUAGAAGAAUAUCGCGUGGACGUUAUUCAUGAGCAUGAUAAUGAGGAGCAGGAAGAGUUUACAGCAUGGACAUAGUCAGGAUGAUUACGUUGAAGAGGAGGAUAUUCAGCAGCAGCAUGACUGUAAUCAACAAGAACAUGAAGGUGAAGGUGAAGAUGAAGAUGAAGACGAAGCUGAAGAUGAUGGAUUCCCAGGAGGUCCACAUGACACCUCCUUACUUACUCACUAUACCCAUCAUGUUGCAUUUGCCAUAUGGCAAGGCCGGGUUAGUUAUGAAUCUAAAUUUUAAUUGUUUAAUAAAUGUUACAUUUUUUUUAUAUAAUUAUGUUUGUAUUCAGGAUCGAAGGGGGAUAAAGGUUGUCACCCAUGGCAAAAAAUUGAAGCAUUUUGGAAUGUAUCAUGAGGCCAUUGAGCCUUAUAUCUCCAUGUCGGGGUUGGGUUGUUUAGUAAACCUCUCAUACGAGUAUGCCGAUCAUGGAUUGAUCGUUGCCCUUUCGGAGAGGUGGCACAUAGAGACUAAUACUUUCCACCUACCGAUAGGUGAGAUGACCGUCACAUUAGAUGACGUUAUGAAUUUGCUCCACCUACCCAUCAUGGGACAAUUUUGUGAGGUUGAGGAGUUAGAGUAUGAUGAGGCUCGAUCUCAUAUCAUGGAGCUGCUUGGUGUGGACCACGAUAAAGCUUCAGCUGAGAUGAAACAGUCACGUGGUCCAAAAGUUAGGCUCAGCUUCUGCUUUAUGUUGACAUUUUCACCGAUGUCAACCUUGUUGAAUCUUUCUUGUACCAAUUGAACUUCACGGUCAAUGCUAAACUCUGGAAGCGAUUCAUUAGAAACAAUACCUGAAAUGCUUAAACGGGUCCACAUAACAUGAAUUUCACCAAGUGGAAUUAUUCCAGGUUGAUAUCGUGCUAAUACACACGCACAUGGUAGGCCGUAUGUUGAGCUCAAAAUGCAUCCACAACGACCACUGUCCAUACCUAUUUUAUUGACUCGCUCAAUUUCAUCAGCAAUAAGUCCUAAAGCGUAUCGUGA